UUAUAUUUAUCUUGUAGACCGAAUAAAGCAACUUAAUAUUACAUUUCAUUUAAUGCUCUAGUGCACAAGCAAUCAUAUACGUGCCAAAAUGAUUCAAGAUGUGAAAGAGGAGCGUGCAACCUCUGGGUACCCUGACUGGUACCGGCAAUUCUAUGUCCAUGACUGUGACUUGGAUUGCUUUUUUAGUGCCACUACUACAUUAUGUGUAUUCAUCGUGAUUUCAUUCGUUGCCAUGAGAUAUUUUUUUGAUACCUUUAACUAUAAAACGACGCUUAUUGUUCAUUUGAUUGAUGGAGAUAUCCGUCGAGGAUUUCAUGAUUUGGGGUAUACAAUCUUAAAUUAUAAGUAUUUUGCGCCUUUCUUCAUCUGGUUACAAUCUGAGAUUACUACUUACACCAAUCUUAUUGCGCGGGAAAUUCCCAAAUGUACCCCUAUGAUGAACUUUAUUAAGUCAUACAACAACAAGGAGACGUGGGUAUUGGUACUAGGCUUAGCUGCCAUUUAUUUAGCAUACGAAUUCUGCAUGGACAUUUUGAGGCGGUUUAUUUUCUAUAUGCGGGAGAGAAAUAUGUUAUACUUCUGUGUAAAUAUGUGCGCCCCCGGUAGUGUUGACUCUCAUGAUUAUACCAAGCAGAUGGUGGCCGAGCUUUUGAAAUCCCCUGAGUAUCUUAGAUUGAAGCAUCAGCGCAUCAAUCAGGGUCCAGAGGCGUGGAACUGGCAAAUUAGGCAACGUUUGGGUGAACGCAUGCCUUCUGAUGAUAUGUCUGAUGACGAUUUGUGACUGUUGUCUACGUGAUUGU